CCUUUGACCAUGAGUGCUCCUACGGGUAUUAAGUCUCCUUUGGAUAAUGAGAUGAUUUCUCGCGUCUCAACUGUCGGCUGGAAUGAUGUUCCGACAGAAAUAUUUCUCUACAUUUUUAAAAAACUGAACAUUACAUCACUUAGAUGUUGUUUUGAUGUUAACAAGAAAUGGAGAGAAAUAGUAACAUGUAUUUGCGACAAUAAAGAUUUGUGGCAGGAAUUGGCAGAAGAUGGAAUGGUGAAUCAUGGUGUGAUACAAAAGCUUAAGUCCACUCUCAGCUGGAAAGACUUGUAUUUUAACUCGUUCUUAUGGACUAAAUUGCCGUCAGCUGUUGCUCUCAAACUUCAUGAAGUGGAAAAGUUAGAUGUCAGAAAUAUGCAUGUCUAUAGAGACAAAGUAAUAGUGGUGCACCCAAAUGGUGUUGAAUGCUAUGAUAUUGAAAGUUUUCAAGUCAUUAGAAGUAUUUUAGCACUGAAUUGUGUUGAUGUACAAGAAUCAGAUUAUAUGUUAAUGGUAGUCACUGACAACAACAAUGACAGCAACAAACACAGAGUGACCAUCUUCAUCAAGUUGGACAAAGACGAGGAUAUAAAUAUUGAAAAUUUUUACAUUCCUUUGAGAAUACCUAGGGAUGGAUCUAUGUAUGCAUUUGUCGAGUCUUUGCAUUGGCGAUUGAUCGGAAAUCGUGUAUAUGUAAUUGAUAAAAAUGGUGUCCUUUGGGAAUGCUCUGCUAUAAAUAGAGUCCUGUCGGUCAAAACGCUAGCAAAAUAUUACGGAGAAAUCCCUAGAACACGAAGUUUGACCAUUCAUGUCAUGAUGGAAGAUGUGUACAUUUCGUUAAAGUGGGGUAAAUUUGUAACGGUCACAAAAAACAGUAGAAUGUUUCGAAAUACUACACACACGACGGAAAUACCUACAAAAAUAAUCGGAAACUCCAAAUUAAAUACGACAACGCCAUGCAGAAUUGACUUCAACACUUUCAACGCCUUUAUAAAAUUUCCUUUUGCCGUAGAAUUUAUUGACAGAAGCGUAGCACCACUCAACAUUAUACAUUACCACUAUGACGAUCCUGAGAUGACCUGCGCCCUGCAGCACGGGGACGCGAUACUUCGAGGAUUCGUAGACGGAGAGAUAACAAUACAUUUGUUAAGGGAUAACUUUAAAUAUCAUUUAAAUUUGCACGUGCAGCAAUUCGAUCAGGGUGAAGUGGAAGAGCCUGCUGUUAUAGCGCUGAAUAUCUGCGAGCUCAAAGGCAUGCACAAGCUGUUUGUUGCCACUAAACAUAAACUAUAUAAUGUACUCCUCAAGUACCCGAACGACGGGCAGGAGACUUGA